AUGACAGAGUCUGAGCUGCAGGAUUACCUGAGCGGCCAACGCGGAGCCUUCGAGGGCAUCCUUGGCCUCAUCCCAGCCAAGAUGUACUAUGAGCAAGACAACAGUGAUCAAUGGAGCAAGAAGAAACAGACAAAACAACAGGCUGCCGAUGCCCGACGCGGAAAGCUGGAUCCCGACAGCGAGCGGAAUCGAAAUGCCAAGGAAGUCCUAGAUGAACGGGCCAAGAACAAGCGAAAGCUGCGUGAGUUGAAGAAGCAUGACGAUGCUGAUAACGAAGAUGAUUGGGAGGACCAUGAGCCUGUCCCUGGUGUAGAGAUGGAGAAGCCUGGCGAGGGGCUCAAGGUCAAGACAGCGGAGACCAAUAAGAAGCAGAAGCGCAAAGACGCGACAGAUACAGAAGCCCAGGAUAUUUCAGAGACCAACAAGAAGCAGAAGCUCAACGAAGAGACAGAGGCCGAGGUUAAGGACACAACUGAGACAUCGUCUUCCAAGAUAUCGAAAAGGGAAGAGAAGAGGGCGGCCAAGAAGGAAAUGAAGAAGGAGAAGAAGGCUGAGAAAAAGGCUGAGAAGAAGGUCAACAAGACAGAGACUCCUGCAGCCGAGAAAAAGGACGUGCCAACUCCGACACCGAAGGCUCAGAAGAAAGCUGCGAAGAAGCAAAAGGAAGUCGAGGAGGAGGAAGACACAACAGCCCACGGUGACGGCGAGGUUUUACCUAUGGACAUCUCGGGUCUGGAGAAUGAGGACGAGGCCACCGCCAACUCAAGUAAUGAUUCCGAGCCACAAUCUCCUACCUUUGACACCAACGAUUCCACGACUACUCCCGCGGAGACAACCGCCGAGCCUGGCAGCACUACUACCUCCACCUCAUCCACUAUUCCUCCUUCAGAGAAACCCAAGUCUAUUAAGCUCCCUGCCGACACCUCUGCCAUCCGAGCUCGACUCGCUGCCAAAAUUGAAGCGCUUCGUGCCGCCCGAAAAGCUGACGGACCUGAUGGCAAGCCAAUUCGCACACGCCAAGAGCUCAUUGAGUCGAGAAGAAAGAAGCAAGAGGCUCGAAAAGCCCACAAGCAGGAGAUGCGCAAGCAGGCUAAGCUGGAGGAGCAGCGAAAGCGUGAGGAGGCUUUGGCAUCUAGUUCACCAGGUGUUAUGAGCCCCGCGGUUGAACUCGACGAGAGUGCUAGCAACUUCACAUUUGGCCGUGUCGCUUUUGGUGAUGGUGCUCAACUUUCACGCGAUCUCGGCCACGUGCUGAGCCAGGGCAAGAAGAAGGGGCCCUCUGACCCCAAGACAGCCCUUAUCAAGGUCCAAAACCAGAAAAAGCGUCUUCAGGAGCUUGACCCCGAGAAGCGUGCCGACAUCGCGGAGAAAGACAUCUGGCUGACAGCCCGUCGUCGUGCCGAGGGUGAGAAGAUCCGCGACGAUGAAGCUCUCUUGAAGCGUGCCGUGAAGCGCAAGGAGGCUGCCAAGAAGAAGAGUGAGAAGGCCUGGCGUGAACGAUCUGAUGGCGUCAAGAUGGCUCAAAAGGACCGUCAACGCAAACGUGAGGAUAACUUGCGUCAAAGACGGGAUGAUAAGCUGCUCGGUAAGGCGGGCAAAAAGAAGAAGAAGGGUGGAGCCGCCGGAGGUAAGAAGAAGAGCCGUCCUGGUUUCGAGGGAAGCUUGGGCGUUGGGGGCAAGAAGAAGUAA